CGCCGCGCCUCCCCAUGGCGAAGAAAACCUACGACCUGCUCUUCAAGCUGCUCCUCAUCGGGGACUCGGGGGUCGGCAAGACCUGCGUGCUCUUCCGCUUCUCCGACGAUGCCUUCAACACCACCUUCAUCUCCACCAUCGGGAUAGACUUCAAGAUUAAAACUGUUGAAUUACAAGGAAAGAAGAUCAAGCUACAGAUAUGGGACACAGCAGGGCAGGAACGAUUUCACACCAUCACCACCUCCUAUUACAGAGGUGCCAUGGGGAUCAUGCUAGUAUAUGACAUCACCAAUGCCAAGAGCUUUGAAAACAUCAGCAAGUGGCUCAGAAACAUAGAUGAGCAUGCCAAUGAAGAUGUGGAGAGGAUGCUGUUAGGAAACAAGUGUGACAUGGAAGAUAAAAGAGUUGUCCCUAAAGCAAAAGGCGAACAGAUUGCUAGGGAGCAUGGUAUUAGGUUUUUCGAAACUAGUGCAAAAGCAAAUAUAAACAUUGAGAAGGCAUUCCUCACAUUAGCAGAAGACAUUCUUCGAAAGACCCCUGUAAAAGAGCCCAACAGUGAAAAUGUAGAUAUCAGCAGUGGAGGUGGGGUGACAGGCUGGAAGAGCAAGUGUUGCUGAACGUUCUCCUAUAUCCCCAAUCGCCAUCCACCGCCCCUUUUUUCUCGCUGCAAAACAAACCACUCUGCCCGUUUUUAACCUUAAACCAAUGUUUUGUUCCUCAUCUUAACAAGCUCCUGUCUCCCUUUGUUAUUCCGUUUAGGACAGCUUGCGUACUAUAAUUUUCUCAACAACAUGUAUAGGAAAAUCAUCUCCGUGACUUCAUUUUUUAAUGUACCUGCUCAACUUACCACUACGUUUUGGUUGUAUUAUAGUCCUGUUCCUCCUGACAUUAAAACAUAUAGCAAUCAUAUUCAACUCUAUUCUGCAAAUUGUAUAAGAAUAAAAGUUAGAAUUAACAAUUUAUUUUGUACAACAGUGGAAUUUUCUGUCAUGGAUAAUGUGCUUGAGUCACCAUGUUCUCUAGAUGCAUCAGCAGAAGAGCCAGGAAAACACUCAUUUUCGCCUUGAGUCUGUGAAUGGGGUUUAUUUUGUCCUGUGCCUUAUGUGGAAAGGAACUUUUGUUUUCACUUUUUUCCUUUUCUUUUCUUCUGGUGGAAGCAUGUGCAGGAGACAUACCAUCCAUACUUGACCAUUUUAAAAUACUGAACUCUUUUGUGAUUGCUUUCUGUAAUUGUUCGUGUAAUGCAUCGAGGACAAAGGGUGGUGCAAAAAAAAAAAAAAUACUGCAUUUAAUCUGCUGUGUCUCCUUUUUGGUGAUCUAGCCAUUCAGAACUGUUCCUGCUGCCAUUUUUUUUUCCUCACUUGCAGCUCUUUCCUUUUUGCCUGCAUGCUGCUUUUAUUUGCAUUUCUUCAUGGUGUGAUGUGUUAAUUAAAAGGAUGGCAACGUGGUAUGUUUGCCAAAAAUUUAAUACAAAGCACUGAUUUAGCUUUCAAGGUAAAAAUGUUGACGAUACCUACUAAUUUCCCUCUAGCCAAUGUCAGUUCACUAGUAUAUCUUCUCUCUCCUCCUGCAUAGCCGUUGGGUUUUAUGAUAUGGAAGAGUUAUUUGCAUGCACUAGUUUUCUAUGGAGGGUGAUGUGGUUGUCUACUUUAUGUGUAUGAAUAUAACAUGCAAUUCCCAAACUGACAGCAGUUAACAUGAACUUUUAAGUUCUCUCUUACUGUUAGCCGCUCCAACAAGUUGUGCGGUAGCCUAGCAAAAGGCUGAGUGAAACUAGAGUUAAAAAAAAAAAAGAAAGAAAGAAAGGAGGGGGAAAAAAAAAAAGUUGGCAGUUUAAUUUAUUACCUCCCUGAAAACUUUCCAUUUUCCAGUGUUAAAAGCUGAGUCACUGGUACUUGGGUCAGUCUUGCUCUCAAUCCCGUGCUGUGGGAACGCGGCGGGUGAUCCCAGCAGGGCUGCUGAGCCCCCCCUGGGAUUAACUUGCUUUUCCAGCUCGCCUUCUGCGUUGCCCCGGCCAGGCUCCGGUGUCACCGAUGGCGUGGCCUCGUCAUUUCUGUAAAGGAAGGGGGUUAAGGACUGCCAGUCUGACUUUGUCGAGUGCUCCUGCCGAAUCGGGCGUUCAGUCUGCAGGAGCGUUUGUACGUUCACUUGCCUUGCAUUUAAAAUACCACGUAGGAGAGCUGCUCCGGCCAAGGACAAAAAGAUAUUUUAAAUAGACGCUUCUUCCUCCCCAAGCCUCACGUUCUCCUUUAAAGUUGGACAAGCUUGUGCCUCGCUCUUGUCCGCUUGGGUUUUGGACUGUCUCCGGUAAAUAAUUAAGUAGUCAAUAACGCUGAUUCGAUUUUAAUGAAAUGACGGUGUUACAACAUUGAACUUCUAGUUUUGAACGGCUUCCCGUGUAGUAACUUGACCGAGGUGUCUCCCUUUUCCUCUGUAUUUUGGCAUUUUUGUCUCCGUGUGUGUUAACCCUUCCCAGUCGAGUGGCUCUUGGGGUCGGGCAGGACGCGGGGGCUGGCGGAUAAAUCGGCACCCUUGCGUUUCUCACGUCCCGCGCCUGCCGGUCAGCGUUGUAAAUAGAGUACGGCUACUUUUUGGUUAAACCUGCACUUUCUAACGUUAUCAAAAAGGGAAAAAUGGAGAAAUAUACAUCAAGGGUUUGGGUUUUUUUUUUGUAUAAUCCUUGUUUUCAACGUGAGCUUUUUAUUUGCUUCCAGGGGCUUGGCUCCCUCUGUGUAAAUCCCUCGGGAUCCUCUGUAGACGCUGUGUUCGUUGCAAGCCAACAGGUAGAGAACAGGCCACUCGCUGGUACUACUAGCUACCACCUCCGUUUCGUAUUCUCCUUACCGAGUUAAUAAACUGAAAUAUUUCUA